AGAUCAGCGCUGCGCUCUCCGUCUCCAAAACAUUUACGCACCGCAGCAGUAUUGCGUCUCUGUCUUACUCCCCGCCGUCAUCUUUCCAACAUUGACUCCCACCACUACCCAGCGGAUCCCUCCACUCUGAGGGACCGGAGCAGAGAAGUCUGCGCUCCGACCGAGUAGACUCUGUCCCGAACCGCCGUGCUUUGAAUGCGGUGAGGAAUUACAGCGGGAGUGGAAGAGGAGGAGGACGGAAGUUUGUCUCGUGGAGAGCUCAGGGCGCACCGGGACCGAAUGGUUGAGCCCAGCCCUCCAGCACUGCACCUCUUCUCCAGCGGGGAUGUCAGCAUGGCGAGCGUUGGUGUCAAAGUAAAACAGGAGGAGUCCGGCGGAAGAGGGGGCGUCAUUACCAAUGCCGAAGCUUCUAAGGCGUCUCCUUCACGUGAUUGGUCAGGUAAUCAUCCACUGGAGACCCGCCAAUUGACCCCACCGCUCUCCUGCUCCCCUUCGGAGGGCUCUCCAGGUAAGGAACUGCCUCACAGACAAAGCCCCGUGGGACAGAAGGAAGCCAGGAUCCAUGACAGACCACAAGGACAGUCCAACUUCAAGGAAGUAAUGCCUACCAUUGAGAAGCUGCUGAAUGCUGACUGGAAGGAGAAACUUCUGGAUAAAAGCACCGUGGGGGCAGGACAACUGAAAGGUACCCCCGAGUCUGUGGCAGAGAAGGAGCUCCAGUUACUGAUGAUGAUCAACCAGCUGAGUGGUCUGAGGGAGCAGCUGCUGGGAGCCCACUCCGAGCAGAGAAACAUGGCCGCCCUGCUGCUGGAGAAACAGCAGCAGCAGAUGGAGUUGGCUCGACAACAGCAGGAGCAGAUCGCCAAACAGCAGCAGCAGCUGAUCCAGCAGCAGCACAAGAUCAACCUGCUUCAGCAGCAGAUCCAGCAGGUGAACAUGCCCUACGUGAUGAUCCCGGCUUUCCACCCCAACACUCAGCCCCUCCAGGUCACCUCUGACCCCCAGAUGUCCUUGCCACUGCAACCAAUCCCCUGCAAACCAGCCGUGGACUAUCCCAUGCAGCUGCUGCAGAACCAUCACCCCACCCCUGUCAAGAGGAGCAGUGGUUCCUUCCGACAGGAAGCCAGUCAGCCCUUGAACCUGACCUCCAAGCCAAAGGGACUGGAGCUAGGGAAAACCCCCAGUCCGCAGAGCCUGGACAUGGGAUCGCUGGCUCUGCAGGGGGCCUACAGGCCCAGAGACCUCCACAGAGAAGUAUCCCACAGCCCGUCACGAUCUGCCCUCAGUUUCCUUGGAGAUGGUGAUGUGGUCACCCAGGCCAUUCAUGAUGCCCAGCAGCUCCUGAGGAUCCACAGCACCGGAGGGCGAGAGAGGCACAGGGACAGAGACAGAGAGAGAGAUGGUGGUGGAAAGAUGGACUAUAAAGAUUCUCCCUGCAGUGAGAUCAUUUCUCACUCCGAGCGGGUUGAAGACAGACAAGGCCUGCCGUCCACUGAGGACCACCUUAGCAGUGACUCUGAAGGCGUCCUGCCUGUCUCAGUCCCAGGCAGCUAUGCUGAGGCCCGGCCCCCUCCCUCGGGCCACAUCAAGAGACCCAUGAAUGCCUUCAUGGUGUGGGCCAAGGACGAGCGCAGGAGGAUAUUGCAGGCCUUCCCCGACAUGCACAACUCCUCCAUCAGCAAAAUCCUGGGCUCCAGGUGGAAGGGCAUGUCCAACCAGGAGAAGCAGCCUUACUAUGAAGAGCAGGCGAGGCUGAGCAGGCAGCAUCUAGAGCGCUAUCCUGACUAUAAGUACAAACCCCGGCCCAAACGGACCUGUAUUGUGGAGGGCCGGAGGCUGAGGGUAGGCGAGUACAAGGCCAUGAUGAAGAGCCGCCGGCAAGAGCAGAGAGCAACCUACACGCACAGUCAAACAGAACCACAGCAGAUCCACUACUCCCACAGUGAUGGCCAAUACCCGGUUGGUGCUGGUUCGGUCUCGGUGGCUACCAUGCCCUUUCACCCUGCGUUACUGGAGCAUUACCUGCCGCAGGCCCCGCCCACGCCACGUCGACCAGAGGGCCAGGCCACACCCACUUCCCUGCCUAGAGAGCGAGAGAGGGAACGAGGGACGGAAAGAGAGAGGGAGCGGCCUCCAUGCAGCGAAGGAGAGGAAAGCGACGGGGGAGAGAGGAGCGAGGGGGAACUGGUGCUCCUGACGGACUGA